GGGAAGCCCCAUCGACCCUCUUUUCCUCGGUCGGAGUCAGGGCCGCCGCCAUCAUGACCGACUGGGAGACGGCGCCAGCCGUGACCGAGACUCCGGAUAUCAAACUUUUUGGGAAGUGGAGCACAGAUGAUGUGCAGAUCAACGACAUCUCCCUGCAGGAUUACAUCGCGGUGAAGGAGAAGUACGCCAAGUACCUCCCGCACAGCGCCGGGCGCUACGCGGCCAAGCGCUUCCGCAAGGCGCAGUGUCCCAUCGUGGAGCGCCUCACCAACUCCAUGAUGAUGCACGGCAGGAACAACGGCAAGAAGCUCAUGACCGUCAGGAUCGUCAAGCACGCCUUCGAGAUCAUCCACCUGCUCACCGGCGAGAACCCCCUCCAGGUGCUGGUCAAUGCCAUCAUCAACUCGGGGCCCCGCGAGGACUCGACUCGGAUCGGCCGCGCCGGCACCGUCCGGAGACAGGCCGUGGACGUGUCCCCCCUGCGCAGGGUCAACCAGGCCAUCUGGCUCCUGUGCACGGGCGCCCGCGAAGCUGCUUUCCGGAACAUCAAAACCAUCGCCGAGUGUUUGGCCGACGAGCUCAUUAAUGCAGCCAAGGGCUCUUCCAACUCCUACGCCAUCAAGAAGAAGGAUGAGCUGGAGCGUGUGGCCAAAUCCAACCGUUAGAGACCCCCUGGAAUGGGGGGACCCCCUCCCCAAAUAAAUCCAUGUGUUCUCUGAUCCCCCCCGCCUGUCCUGGGGGUCAAUUCCCAA